AGUAAACUUUGCACUGCUGUUUGCUAGAAAAUUGUAUCUGUUCCAGCGACAUUCCUUGUGUUUACUGUGUGUUUUGGCUUUUUAUAUAUAAGAAAGUCAUUAAUCUGGAAGGACUGAACACAGUGAAGCAAUGGAGAUAAAGCAUCUUAAAAAUAUUAUUAUUAUUUCCUUUGGAUUUCUCCUUCUAUUCACAGCUUAUGGCGGACUGCAAGCUUUACAGAGCAGCCUGAACCCCGAGAAAGGCCUGGGUGUUGCAUCAUUAAGUGUUGUCUAUGGAUGUUUAAUAUUGUCUUCGAUUUUUCUACCUCCCAUCAUGAUAAAGAAAAUUGGAUGCAAAUGGACUAUGGUCAUCUCAAUGUGUUGUUAUAUAACUUAUUCCAUUGGGAACUUUAAACCAAACUGGUAUAGUUUACUAAUUACCUCAGCAAUUCUGGGUAUUGGAGGAGGACCACUUUGGGCAUCAAAAUGUACUUAUCUCACUAUUAGUGGGAUUACCUAUGCAAAGCAGACUGGCAAAGAGAGAAUGGAUAUUGUGAACCAAUACUUUGGCUUAUUUUUCUUAAUAUAUCAGUCAUCUGGCAUUUGGGGAAAUCUUAUUUCAUCUCUAGUACUCAACCAAAAUCCCAAUAAAGUGGUAACUAAUAAUACGAAUUACACUUACUGCGGAGCAAAUAACUGUCCCACAUCUACAGAAGAACUUAGCAACACUACGACACCAGCUUCUGGUGUAUCAGAAACCGUGCGUUAUACUCUGAUGGGCAUUUAUACAGCAAGUGGAGUUAUUGCCGUUCUACUGAUUGUAAUUUUUUUGGACCACAUCGACUUAUCGGAGGAAACAAAAGAACAAACUGAUGAACCGACUAUUUGGAAUUCAUUACUAGGAACUCUACAACAACUCAAAGAUAUACGCCAGUGUCUUCUUAUACCUUUAACAAUGUUCAGUGGUUUUCAGCAGGGAUUUCUUUCCAGUGAUUAUACCAAGGCUUAUGUAACAUGUACAUUGGGUAUACACUUUGUGGGAUAUGUAAUGAUUUGCUUCGGAGCAACAAACUCAAUUUCCUCGAUGGUUUUUGGAAAACUUUCUCAGUAUACUGGACGGAUUGCUCUUUUUAUGUUAGCUGCAGCUAUCAGUGUGUCUUGUAUAAUUGGCUUGCGACUAUGGAGUCCAAAUCCAAACCAGUUAGCAGUAUUUUUCAUUUUUCCUGCUUUGUGGAGUAUAUCUGAUGCCAUCUGUCAGACACUUCUAAAUGCUUUUUAUGGAGUACUAUUUGAUGACCACAAAGAAGCUGCUUUUGCAAAUUAUCGUCUCUGGGAAUCUGUUGGAUUUGUUAUUGCAUUUGCAUAUAGUAACUUUUUGUGUAUUUCUGUAAAGCUAUAUGUAGUACUUUCCAUCUUAUUGAUUGGGAUGAUCCUUUAUCUUGUGCUUGAGUAUUUAGAAUACAGAAAACAGAAAAUGAGUGCUCAAGAGACAAAUGUAGUAAAUAUGACCGAAAGCACAACUGUUCAGAAUGCAAUAGGGUAAUAUGUUUAUACAAUAUGUUUAUGGUUGUCCCUAUAUGUUAUCUAAUAAUGGCUGUAUCAUGUUGCUACUACAUUUGACAAAAAUAAUAAACAUUUGCUUUACCAUUCCCUUGUUAAAUCUGACAUAUAAACCACCCUACAAGGAAAAUCGGAUGGUCGUUUCUAUUAGGUUGUAUCUAACAGCUGACAGCAAUGCUUAUUUUAAAUGUUGCUACAAGUAAGAUCAAAAUUUGCAUAGCAUGCUGAGGAUAACAAAAAAAAUAUUUAAUUUAUAUAACUAUGCCACAGUAAAAAAUGUUAUCAUUUAUUGUUCGUGUUUUCCUGAAUUCACCCUGCCAGUUACUGUUGUGAUAAUCAUAACUACCAUGAAUCAUGAUGAUAAUUGUACAGUGUAAAGGGGCCUUUACAGGUAAAUUUGAUUUACCCCUUUCCUGACACCCACAGUACAUGUAUGGCUAAUGUCUGGUGUUUAAAGAGGACUUAUUACCACAAAAUGCAAAAUUGAUAGAUAGUUUUGUGGGAAAAGAUUUAGUAAAACACCUCCCCCUGUGUACAACUGAAAAAGCAUAUAUUUAAAAGGAAAUCAAUUACCUACAUCAUGGCUACUAAAGUACAAAGGUGCACUUGGGAAUAAGGUAUUAUGUGCUAUUAGGCAAUUGCUUUACUUUAGUAGCCAUUAUGUAGGUGGCAGAUUCCCUUUAAACCGUGCUUUUUCUGAUUUCAGUUGUACAGGGAGGAGGUGUUAUCAGGGACUGAUAGCACUACCUGUGCUCUUCAAGAGGAUUGUCUUAAGUUCACAAAAAUCAGACAUAUAAAUGUACAAACUUAAGAGAAAAUUAGCUCAGUCGGGGGAAAAAGGCGAUAAGGCAUUCUUCAGAUACAUAAAUGAAAAAAUGAAAACUAAAACAAGGAAUUACCAAAUUAAAAACAAAAGAAGGAAGGUAUAUGGAAGAAGAUAAAAAAC